ACACGCAUCAGCAAAUGCGGCGACUCAUCAAAACCAAAGUCCCCUCACAAUUCAUAUUCUUCUUCGUCUUUCUUAUCUUAAUUCCUCUUCGUCUGCCUCCUUUUCCUCACAUUCUCACGCGACAGGCAGAAACCGAGUAGGAAAUCUAGGAAGAGGGGGGCAAAAUGAAAACCAUAACUAUUUUUCUUUCUUCUAUAGCCAUCUUGAUCGUCUUCCGUGGCGAAUCCGCUGCUUCGGACAUCAUUCUAGGCUCGACCCUGACGACGAGAAACUCCUCCUCCUGGCCUUCCCCCAACAACACCUUCUCUCUAACCUUCAUUUCUGAACCACAAAACCCUUCCCUCUUUCUCGCCGCCAUCACGUAUGUCGGUGGCGUCCCCAUCUGGUCAGCCGGCUCAGUGGACUCCGGUGGCACACUCCAACUCCAACCCGACGGCAACCUACGCCUCUCCAACUCUUCGGGUGCCCCCGUUUGGGAAUCCGGAACCGCUAACCGCGGUGUCAACACCGCAUCCCUCGAUGACUUCGGUAACCUCAAACUCACCAACGGAAGCAAUUUCAUCGUGUGGGAGACCUUCGAAAACCCUACUGAUACCAUCCUGGAAUCUCAAAACUUUACCUAUGGGAAAGUUCUCCGAUCCGGGGCUUAUUCCUUCACCGUCCUCCAAACGGGAAAUCUGACCCUUAAAUGGAAUAGCUCAAUUAUUUAUUUCAAUAAGGGAUUGAACUCUUCUUUUAGCUCCAAUAAACACCUUGUUUCUCCCGUCCUUAUGCUCCAGACCGACGGAAUUCUUUCCCUUUUCGAUGAUACUCUUCCGAGCUCUGUUGUCAUCGCUUACAGUAGCAAUUAUGGAGAGAAUGGGGACAUGCUUAGGUUUAUUAGAUUGGAUAAAGAUGGAAAUUUGAGAGCUUAUAGUAUUCUUCGGGGAAGCAGCACUGCUAAUAGUCGGUGGUCCGCUGUGGAAGAUCAAUGUGAUGUAUUUGGGUGGUGUGGCAACUUUGGCAUAUGCAGCUAUAACGAUUCUUCGCCAGUAUGCGGUUGCCCAUCGGAGAACUUCGCACUCGUUGAUCCGAAUGACAGCACACGGGGUUGUAAACGCAAGGUGGAGAUCCAGGACUGCCCUGAAAAUUCUACGAUGCUUGUACUGGACAAUACACAGUUCUUGACUUAUCCACCUGAGGUAUCCAAUGAGCAGUUCUUUCUUAGCAUCACAGCCUGCAGGCAGAACUGCCUAAAUGGUGGAUCAUGUGUCGCCUCGACCUCUCUUGCUGAUGGUUCGGGGUUUUGCCAUCUCAAGUUCUCCAAUUUUGUUAGUGGCUAUCAGUCCCCUUCCUUCCCUAGCACUUCUUUUGUCAAGGUUUGUUCUCCGGCUGAACCAUUCACGCCAUUGGCCGGUUCAACGCAGUUUAAGUCCAGUUCGUCUAGGUUGAAGACAUGGGUAGUGGUGGUGGUGGUAGUCGGUGCUAUUCUUGGCCUGGUGGCGAUAGAGGUUGGGUUUUGUUGGUUCUUCUGCAUGAAAGGUCCUAAGUUCGGUCUUUCUUCGAUGCAGUAUGCACUUUUGGAAUACGCAUCUGGUGCUCCUGUGCAAUUCUCAUACAAGGAAUUGCAGCGCACCACGAAAGGCUUCAAAGAGAAGCUUGGUUCAGGCGGAUUUGGUGCCGUGUAUAAAGGGGCUCUUGCAAACAAGACACUGGUUGCUGUGAAGCAGCUGGAAGGGAUUGAGCAAGGGGAAAAACAGUUCAGGAUGGAGGUGGCUACCAUAAGCAGCACUCACCAUUUGAAUCUGGUGAGGUUGAUUGGUUUUUGCUCUGAGGGGAGGCAUAGACUGCUAGUUUAUGAGUUCAUGAAAAAUGGAUCUUUAGAUAACUUUUUAUUCCACGGUGAAUCUGGAAAGUUGAAUUGGGCAACCCGGUACAGGAUAGCCAUUGGCACUGCAAGGGGAAUAACUUACUUGCAUGAGGAAUGUCGAGAUUGCAUUGUUCACUGCGACAUAAAACCUGAGAACAUUCUGCUUGAUCAAAACUACAAUGCAAAGGUUUCGGAUUUUGGCCUUGCAAAGCUCAUAAAUCCCAAGGAUCAUAGACAACGGACCUUGACUAGUGUUCGGGGGACGAGAGGUUACUUAGCUCCUGAAUGGCUUGCAAAUUUACCAGUGACUUCAAAAUCUGAUGUCUAUAGCUAUGGGAUGGUUUUGCUCGAAAUUGUGAGUGGGCGCCGAAAUUUUGAUAUUUUAGAUGAGACGGGGAAGAAGUUCUCCAAUUGGGCUUAUGAGGAGUUUGAAAGAGGAGGAAUUAGAAGUAUCAUUGAUAAAAGGCUCUUUGCCUCUGAGAUUGACAUGGAACAGCUUGAAAGAGCAGUUGAGACAAGCUUUUGGUGCAUCCAAGAGCAGCCAUCACAGAGGCCCUCAAUUGGGAAGGUGGUGCAAAUGCUUGAGGGAAUCAUAGAGAUUGGAAAGCCUCCACCUCCAAAGGCAACUGAUAGCUCUUCGACUGCUGUCAGCCUAAGCUUGAGCACAAGCAUUCAUUCGAUUUUUAUUAGUUCUGAGCCACACCCUUCUUCUUCAAGUUCAGCUCAAGGAAAACAUUCGAGUUCAUCAAUUUCCAUGGCAAACCUAGAGAAGGCGUCCUCGUCACUACUUGCGCAAGAGCAGUCUGCUAGUAGAUAAUUCAUAUGUCCCGUAGUUCUAUCUUCUUGUUUCUUCUUUCAUCUGCAGGCUUUUAGCAACCGUAUUAUAUGAAUUUCAAAAUCUUUUUGUAAGAACUUUUCAUUUUUUUCCGGGGAUGCCGGUGAUGUGGACGGCGUCGUUCAAAGCCUAGCAACUUUACCAUGAAUAGAUGUAUUCAGUAUAAUUUUGGGUAAAAAUCAGGUGGACUGAUAUGCCCAUCUUAUUUGGAACACCUGAAGUAUGAAUGAAUUAAUCUUAUCUCAA